AUGUUUGCUAUUGUUAAUAGUGCGAAAAAUGCUGGUCACAAGUUUAUGAUUAAGAAAGAUGUUCUUUCUGGAGUUAAGUCAGCUGAAUUUUCUGUUUAUGAUGAGAAUGAACAACAACUCAAAUAUCGUAUUGAAUCUCAUCUUCUUCCUGUGCAUAAUAAUGAAGUUUUUGUCUAUCCAUCGAAAAAAGUCAUAGCCAAACUGAAAAGUAAAUGGGCAUCAUUAACCUAUUCUGCUACAAUAUCUAUUCUCGAUCCACAAUCAAAUAGAUGGAUUAAUGGUAAUAUUACAGAUAUUGGUGGAUUAUCUGCUUAUGAAUAUAUUAUUUAUUGGAAUGGUGAAUUUCUAUCGAUAAAAAAUCCUUCGUCUUCUUAUAUUAAAUUUUAUGAUAAAACAGAAAGAAUUUAUCUAGCUCGAUUUCAAAAACAACGUGCUUUGUUGAAACAGUCGAAGUAUGAUUUAGAAGUCUUGUCUGAUAAAUAUCCUGAUGCAUUGUAUUUACUUGGACUUACCGUUUGGGAUCAUGAUUAUUCACGAUUUAAUCGAGGCAAAAAAUGA